UUGCAACAUGAACAUCAUCAACAGGCCGUGGAAUUCUGUGUCGCCGACCAGUUAUUUCUACAAACUCGACAAUUUGGUCUGCGAAGUGGAUUUUUUUUUUCAUACUCGUGUCACAACUCUUUUUCAACAUCCUCAAUAACGACCUGCAUGACAAAAACUUCUAGGCAAUAAACGAAACUACACUCUUCAUUUGAUCUUCAGAUAGAUAGAGGCUCUGUUCUGCUUUUCGUACGAAAACAUACGAAACCUCCAGGAGGCAGCAUCACAGAGAAAGUAAGUAGAACCGCCAGAGACUUACGCUCGCGGCUACUUCAGAAGUUUUCUAUUGUUCUCGACCAAAAAAAAUGUCCCAGUCCAAGGCAACGAUUCCGGUCAAGCUUCUCUAUGAAGCGGUGGACCACAUGGUGAAUGUGGAGAUGGUAUGCAUUGCAAAUAUGUGUGGGUCUGGAAGGAUGCAAACUUGUCAUGCGCACUUCAAAUCACACAAGAAUCUGUCAUGCGCGGACAGCAAAUAAAGUGGCCCACUUUGAUGUUUACUCACCGAAAGAAGGGAUUUUUAGUGCGGAUUAGACAUUGAGCUUUACCAUACCUUCUCAAGUAGACCUGUAAUGCUGGGGCCCGCAUGCCAGACCUUUCGUGUCACGGAAAAUCAGCAUGGCAAACUUCUGCGGUCUUCCAGAGGACCCAGACAUAUUUGCAUUUGAUAGAUGAAGAACGGCGACGCGUACCGCGGGAAGCUGACGAACCUGGAUAUCCUUUGCAAAAACGUCCCCAGCUACCCGUAGUCGUAGUGCAAAUCUGCAUGUAGUGAAAAAGAAAAUAUUUCUCAUGCGGAGCCCCAUGAGAAGAAGCAUUUUCUAGUCGAGAUGUUGGGUACUUCUUUUCGUUGUCGCGCAUGAGAAACUACAGUGGUCUAGGGUUCUUCUUGCAGAUUUGCAUGACAAAUUUAGGGUCGUCGUUUUUGCAGAGGAUACCACAGGAUUCCAUGAACGUCUUGCUCGAGAACGUGACCUAUCCUGUGCAAAAGUAUCGUAUUCUAUAAAUGCAAGUCUUGCAUUACAAAUCUUUUUCUUGAGGCAAAUCCGCAUUACAAAUUUUAUUUCUCAUGCUGAGGAAGUUUGUAAUGCAUUUAUACGAGUGCGAUACUUUUGCAGUUCAUAUGACCAAGACGAAAAAGACCGGUGAAACGCUACCGUAAGAGAAAAUCCCCCCUCUCCAUGUCAAAAUGGAAAUUUGUCAUGCUUAUUUGUGGUCAUAAAUCACCUUUGUCUUGACUACAGGGUAAUGGAAGCCAUUUGGCGCAUUGCGCAGCCAGUCUGUCAUGCGCAGCUUUCGACUACUGCAGAGCGGUUUGCCAUGCGUAAUUGCUAGCCUUCUGCAUUAUACGACCCAAACAGGAUUUAGAAACUGCCGCCAAGCGCCUUCUGCAAGAGAAAUGUGACUCGUGUACGCAGGCCCCGCAUCAGAGAGCUCCUUUUGACCUGGGGAGGGAGGGUUUUUCCAUUUGAUAAACGCAGACGUUGGAGCAGGUCCACCUUCGCGGCU